AUGGGCGCUCUUUUACCUGGACGGUCUGGUGUUCAUGUAUUCAACACACACCAGUCUGGUGCAAUUUGUGAUAGCAGUGAACGAAACAUACACAAAACCCGCCCUCGCCAGAGGUCUGAAAACACGAGGGGAAGCAGCAUAUGCGGCAGGGAAGGCGGCGGCGAGCACGGACUGGAGCGUGUUGUGUGCAUUCGCAGAGAGUGGCAGGCCCAGGAGAAGGCCUGUGCGCAGAGCAGGGCCGCGGGAGGAGCCUUCCUAGAAGGGCCAGCGUGUGCAGUGGGUCGGAGGGGAGGCCGGAGCAGGAGGGUUCCCAGGCCUGCCUGGGGUCUGAGAGCGGUGGAACGUGCAGGCUUUCGGAGGAGAGGAAAGAUUAGGAUCACGGCUUUCUUCACACCACAGACACUUCCUGCUGCCUCCCAGCGCCAGGCCCUGCGGAGCAGCGAUGGGGAAACAGCUGAGUCAGCCGCGUCCCUGCCCUCCAUGGGCUUCCUGUCUGGUGCAGGAGGCGGCACGGACACUGGCAAGUCGGGACCACAGGGCUACGUGCCGCAGAGGGCUAGGAAGGACACGGGGGAGCCCGGAGGUGGGGCGCCCGGCCCGGCGGGGUGCGUCACGGAUGCUUCCUGGAAGAGGUGUUGUUUAAGCCGAGACCCAGGAGAUGACGAGGGCCACAGAGUAACUUGGGGCCGCCUGAGUUCUCACGCCACCUGGGAAGGAUGUCUCAGUUUCCCAGUCUGUGCAGUGAGGACCCCACAGUGCCUGUCCCGUGAAACCAGACUUCCUGUGACCUCAGUGUCUUCAUCUUCCACACUACAACAGCCACACAGGAUCAGCCCAGGACUCACUGGAGCCCCCGUACUGUGGAGUCCUCAGGGACUCCCUUUGCUAAGCCCUGGUAACAAGUGACAUUAUAUACUAUAUUCAUUUUUUUAUA